UAGAUUCAGCAUGGCCGGCCUGCGGACUCUGCUCCUCGUAACUCUCGUUCUUCUCGCUGUGGUCAUUCAGACGCCUGAUGCAGCUCCCUACGGUACCAACGUGGAAGACAGCAUCUGCUGCCAGGACUACAUGCGUCACCCCCUGCCAUCACGUGUAGUGAAGGAAUACUUCUGGACCUCCAAAUCCUGCCGCAAGCCUGGCAUUGUAUUGAUAACCAUCAAGAACCGGGACAUCUGUGCUGACCCCAGGAUGCCCUGGGUGAAGAGACUUCUCCAUAAGCUGGCCUAGUGAGGAGGGCCUGAUGACCAUGGGCGUGGCCACUCCCGCUGCCAUUUCUACAAGAAAGCUGCCAACGAUGCUACCCUCACUCACCUCCAUGUCCUGGACUGUCGCCCUGUCAGGCCUCUGGUCCCUCCACGUCCCCUGCAACCCCUCUAACCCAUCCUCUUCACAUGGCAGCUGAGGGAGCACGUUCAGGCCAGCCCUUUCCCAGAAUCCCCUCCCGUUGCUUUAGAUGAGGCCACACCCUUGCUUUGGUGCCCUGGUCCUGCAGCUCUGGCUGCCUUCCCUCUCCCCAGCCUAGGGAAGACCCAAAU